CGCGGUUUCGGUUCGUGCGGUGGCGUGGGGAGCGCUCGGAGGGGCCCGGUUACGGCGGGGCCCGCGGGGCUUUGUGGCGGCGCCAUGGCUCCCGUGCUGAACCUCAACAACGAGGUUGUGAAGAUGAGAAAAGAUGUGAAGAAGGCCAGAGUCCUCACUAUUCGCAGACUAACCAGACACAUCGGGAAAUUAAAAUCGAAAAAGGGUUCAGAAGACUUGAAAUUAAAGAACCAAAAACGAGUUGAGAGAUUGAUAGAAGAAAUCCAUGCCAUGAAGGAAAUAAAACCAGAUGAAGUUACCAGACUUGCUCUUAGGACAGAAGUUAAUUUUGAAAGUGUCUGCAAAAAGCCAGACUGUACUGCAGCUGAGAGAGCAAUGGCAAGACUUGCAACACACCCCACCUUGAAGCCUAGAUUUGUUGAACUUAAAGCUGCUGUUAAAGCUUUUAAGGAUGCAAGAAAGAACCCAGACAAAGCCACUCCUAUGAAAAAGGAUCAGUCAGAAGAGCAGCCUAAAUCAGCAGAACAUUCCAACAGCAACUUGGAUGACCAAGCUUCUAAGCAGCCUCAAAAACAGCAGGGAUGUGAACACAAAACAAAAUCAGGCAUGAAAGUAGAAACUGACAAGAUGGUUGAAGAGCUCUGUGAGAGUGAAUCUGAGCAGAAAACUGUGGAAAUGGAGAGAGCAUAUGCUCCAGAAGAACCUUCAUUUCAGGCAGUAAAAAUGCAAACAAUUACUCAGAACAAAACAGAAAAGAAACUUGGCUAUCAAAAAAAGAAAGAAAAUAUGAGUAUGAACAAAUUAAAUGCAAUGAAAGAAAUAAUUGAUGAUAGUGACCAAGAGCAUCCCAAUGAAAAGGAAUACUUUGAUGAUAGUACCGAAGAGAGGUUUUAUAAUGAGUCAUCAGAUUCUGACAGUGACAGCAAUGAUGAUUUCUUCAUUGGCAAAGUUAAAAAAAAGAAAAAAGCAGCAGUUAAUAAUUUUUCUUCAACAAAAGGAAAGGGUAGUGUUCAGAAAAAUGUAACAAAGACAGAAAAGUGCAUGGUGUCUGGGACAGCCCACGAUUUGAUCAUGGAAGAGAGAAAGCACCUUGCAAAAGCAAGCAAGCUGGAGUCAGUGUUCUGCAGUUCUUUGUCUACCACCAAUCAGAAAUCUCAGAGCAGAAGAAAUACUAAAGACCAGCCUCUCAAAAAUGAGAGAACAGGUUUCCUUAAAAAUGAAACAAAGCUUAAGAAGAAACCAUUUGCAAAAGCUUCAGGGGGUAUUAAGUGCAACAAUAAGAAAGCACUUUUGGAGCAGCCUCUUCAUCCUUCAUGGGAAGCAAGCAGGAGACGCAGAGAGCAAAUGUCUCAAAUUACAGCAUUUCAGGGGAAAAAAAUUAAAUUUGAUGACUAGACUAUAUGUAUAUGGAGGUUCAAAAAACAAUUUUUUAAACUGCUGUUUGAACAUCUUUGUUAUAUUGUCCAUAUCCUUUGCAGCCUACAAAAUUGCAACUAUUGUUUACCAUCUUAGAAUAUCAAGAUUGCUUCAUUAAUUUUUUGUGCUGUCUGUUGAUUAAUGUAAUGGCCGUUUGGUGUUGGUUCUUAAGUCAAAUUAUGUAGUGCCACCAGUGCCAGUAUAUUCAUGAAAUAUACCCUAAUAUAAAACGUGAAUAAAGGAUUUUUAGGAACAUAAUUUGUGCCCUGUAGGGAUAUUACAGAUUCUUUGGAGAGGGGUUUGGAAGGGGAUUUUUUGUGUGUAAAAAAAGCUACUUAUAUGAGAAUUUGGUUUUCAAAAGAAAGGUUCUAUAUUGUCACAUCUCAACUGAGACAAAGUAAAAGAUUCUUCUGCUUGAAGAAACUUAAUAAAUUAAUCAGUCUGUUGGAUAGCUGGAAAAGUCAAAUCAGUUGUAAGCAUAAUAUGAAAAGUUCUGGAGAGAAUAAAGUAUUGUGCUUUUAAAUUGUGAUCUCUGUUCUCUGAUUAUACUGCCAAUUUGAAGAAAUGAGAAGGUGUCUUUAAUACUUUGUUCUGGUAGGUGUGUCUGGAUCCUUCAGCAUGUGUCUUGCACUUUCUGAAAGAAUGUGAAAACCUGAAAAAAGCUUGUACACUAAGAAAGAUUUGACUUUUGAGUGGCAGUCUGACAUUGGGAGUUCAUCUGAUUGGGAUUUGACAUAAAAAAAUUCAUUAAAUACUGCUUCAGGUGCUUUUCCUACUACCUAAUUAAAAAGA